AGGAAAGAAUUUUCUUCAGUUUUAUUUGAAAUUAAAACAGAUUUUCCUGAUCUUUGGCUGAAAAAUUAAUUGUUUUUGGUCAGCCCUCCAUACAUAUGUGUGUUUUUGACAGGUUAUUUUAGAAAAAUGAACCCUAAAAGUCUGAUGUUCACCAUGGGGAUGAUGACUGGAUUUUUGUGUCUUCACUCUCUGCUUAACUCCAUGGUUUCAGUAGAGAAGGUCUCAGUGAGGAAGGGAGCGCUUCAUGCCCUCGCAGUGCACACAGAACCAAGUAAAAAGGACAACUCUGCAGGAGGUUUCCCUAACUCUACACGGAUCUUAUGUUGGAUUCUGACUGGACCCAAGUACCUGGAAUCCCGGACAAAGCAUCUGAAACAAACCUGGACUAAACACUGCCACAAAGUGCUGUACAUGAGCUCAGUAAAGACAGAUUUUCCCACCGUUGGGCUGAACGUGAGCGAAGGGAGGGAAAACCUGUACUGGAAAACCAUCAGGGCAUUCCAGUACAUCCACCAGCACCACAUGGAUGAAGCUGACUGGUUCCUCAAGGCGGAUGAUGAUACUUAUGUGGUCAUAGAGAACCUGCAGUACAUCGUAUCCAAACUGGACCCAGGAAAGCCAUUGUACUUAGGUCGAAGGUUUCGCCCGUUCAUCAGUCAAGGCUACAUGAGCGGAGGAGCAGGUUAUGUCCUGAGUAAAGAGGCACUGAGAAGAUUUGUAAACGGUUUUCACACAGGAGAGUGUACUCACUUCUCUGACAUAGAGGACAUGGCUCUGGGGAGCUGUAUGGAGAAAAUGAAGGUGGAGCCAGUCGACACUCGAGACGUGAAGGGGAGGCAAACCUUCCACCCGUUUCCUUUGGACCAUUAUGUGAUCCGACAGCUACCAAGAGCUCGGCCUUGGCAUUUACUUUAUGACUACUACCCUCCAAAUGAGGGUCCAAACUGUUGCUCAGAUUUUGCUGUGUCCUUUCACUACAUCUAUCCUGUCCAGCAGUAUGUGUUGGAGUACUUCACCUAUCAUCUACGACCAUAUGGAUACUUUUAUAGAUAUAGACCCGAUGAAAGCAGGUACACAAACACCACAGAUAACAGCAGUGGGUGAGCAGCACAGGGGAACGGAAAAGGAUCCAGAGAAGGAGUGAAGAUAAGAAGCGGGAUGAGACGGGGUUUGGACAAUCAAAGCAAUACUGAAGCAAUAUUGCUGAUUCUUGUGGAAUCUGGGAAAACAGAGGAAGAGUUGGGAGGUUUGAGAAGCUAAAGAAUGGAUGAAAGUGACUAAAAGAAGAGCAGCCAGCAGAGUUUGCUGAUUAUUAACUGAAUAAAUGGGUGACUGGAGGUGGGGGGGGCUUUACUUCAUUUGGUGGAGCAUCCAUACAUGUUCUUUGGUGAGGUCUGGAGCAAUACUAAUAAUUAGCUUUGUCAUUUUCAACAUUCAGAGUCAGAGGCUCAGACACUUUUUUACCUCAAUUAAUACUUUCUUUUUUAAUAGCUUUCUUUUACUUUUUUAUUUUCUGAUCAGAGAAUGGAUAAUAUUAGAUAUCAGUAUGAAGGUCACUGCUGAAAAACUUUGCAGAUUCAUUUUACUCUUCCUGUCUCCGCCUUCCUUUCUCAUCUGGAUUUCAGCAAUCGAGCUAACGUGGGAGAAACAAGAUCAACUAGAAAGGCGUCUGCCUGGAAUGAAAUGCACGUUGGCUGGUUGAUGGUGUCUGUGCGCCUGUGGGGGGUUAUUCCCAGUCAACACUCCUGGGGGGUGCUGUCUAUCCACAAUGCAAAAGGACCCUAAAUGAUUUCUGCCUCUAAGCAAUAGAUAUCUUUCCUGGUUUAAUUUCAAAAUGUUGGACUUUGUUUCCAAGUUUGAAGACGUUUUUCUUCCCAUCCAGGAAGCUUUUUCAAUUCAAAAUCCCAGAAAUAGCGUUGAGUUUGAAGAUUUAUUUAGUAGCCCAAACAUUAGUUUUGGCUCAAACAUGCAAAUGGAACUAGAAGAACGGGUCCGCGUCUUUGGAAUGGGGAGUGGUUUAAGGUUCCUGGUUUAACGAUAUUUCUGGAGCCCAGAGUUGGGUUCUCUGACCAGCUUCAGCUAGUCUUCCACUGCCUGUUACAGGCCAAAGUUGUUUUUCUACUUUCCUUAUCUUAAACUUAUUAAAGUUAAACAUCUCUGUUUUUAUUCCAUAUAAUAGCGUGGAUACGCUGCUAAAGUCUGUGAUGUUUGAUCUGAGAAUAAUGUCAAAACCAAAUGUCAAAUGCAACAGCUAAAAGGAGAAGUCUAAACAAGGACGUUAUAUUUAUAAAUAAAAAGGGUUUAUUUUGGUUUUUACGGUGCUUUGUGUUUUAUUCAAUAUUCAAAUAUCGGUGGUCCUAUAUGGUCAAUUUAUCAGAACACCUACAAACACAGUAAGAUAUUGCAAAAAAGCAAUUCCCUUAAAAAGAAAAAAAAAACAGGAAAUGUCUUUAUAUUAAUGAAACUAAACUAUACCCUUACUGGUUUAAUUCUAAGAUCAAACUGAAGCCUUUGUUGGGCUGAGAAGCAUCUAAACCACAGAAACCAGUCUUUCAACAUCAUAAAUAGUAAAUAGGCACGACACAAGAACCAACAUGGUUUAAAUGCUGCAGGUGUUGUCCUCUUAUCAGCCCUGAAGGAAUGUGAUUGGCAGCAGGCCCAGCCUCCCUGCAACCCAUCGGCUACGUGUAGAUGCAGGCAUUCCUACAGUUCACCUCAUUCUCAAAGUUGUUUACAUUGCCGUGGCAACCUCCGAACCAAAACUGGGCGCAGGCCAGUAGUACCACCUGUGCUGUCGACAUGGACCGGGUUCAAGAGGCUGGUUGCAGCCCUGACCUGGAAGAAGAAGGAUCAUCACCAUCAUUUCAUGCAUCAAUGUGGCAGGUCACUGAGAAAAGGUUGAUUUUAAAGAUUCCUGUAAGGAUAUUAGUUUAUCAUUUCACUC